AUGGCGACAGCACAUGCCAACUCAGAAGCUACAAAUCAACCCCAGACCGCAUCUGAGGUUGACGUGCAUGUGGCAGCUGUUGUUGCUUUUGACCGCGCGAUACAUGGCGCAGACAUGCGCUUCAACAUUCAGCGCGACAUCAUUAUUGAACGAGCUAUCGCACAUGGAGCUGAAUUCGAGCCUAUUGUUGCACGUCUCAAAGGUGACUAUCACUAUGCGAAGUGA